AUGACGACCUCUGCCCUCCGCCGCCAAGUGAAGAACAUCGUGCAUAAUUACUCCGAGGCGGAGAUCAAAGUGCGCGAGGCUACUAGCAAUGACCCCUGGGGUCCACCCAGCUCCCUUAUGUCGGAGAUCGCCGACCUGACCUUCAAUACGGUGGCCUUCGCCGAGGUCAUGGGCAUGCUGUGGCGUCGGCUCAACGACAGUGGCAAGAACUGGMGGCACGUGUACAAGGCGCUGACGCUGCUGGACUAUCUGCUCAAGACCGGCUCGGAGCGCGUGGCGCACCAGUGCCGUGAGAACCUCUACACCAUCCAGACGCUCAAGGACUUCCAGUACAUCGACCGCGAUGGCAAGGACCAGGGCGUCAACGUGCGCGAGAAGGUCAAGCAGGUGAUGGCCCUGCUCAAGGACGAGGAGCGCCUGCGGCAGGAGCGAACUCAUGCCCUUAAGACCAAGGAGCGCAUGGCCCUGGAGGGCGCAGGCAUCGGCAGCGGGCAGCUGGGCUUCAGCCGCCGCGGUGAGCGGGGUUCUCCAUCCUCCUACACCUCUGCCUCCUCGUCCCCCCGCUAUGCCUCAGACCUGGAGCAAGCGCGGCCCCAGACGUCAGGAGAAGAGGAGCUGCAGCUGCAGCUAGCACUGGCCAUGAGCCGAGAAGAGGCUGAGAAGCCAGUACCCCCAGCCUCCCACAGGGACGAGGACCUACAGCUGCAGCUGGCUCUGCGCCUGAGCCAGCAAGAGCACCAGAAGGAGGUGAGGUCCUGGCGGGGAGAUGACUCCCCCGUGGCCAAUGGUGUAGGGGCUGUGGUUCACCAUCGCCAUCGGGGGGACACAGAACCAGGAAGAGAAGAGAAAAAGGAGGAAGAGAAGCUGAAAACCAGUCAGUCCUCCAUCCUGGACUUGGCUGACAUCUUUGCACCUGCCACAGCCCCACCCUCCACACAUUGCUCUGCUGACCCAUGGGACAUCCCAGGUCUCAGGCCGAACACAGAGCCCAGUGGCUCUUCCUGGGGACCUUCUGCAGACCCCUGGUCUCCAGUCCCCUCAGGAAAUGCUCUGUCCCGAAGCCAGCCUUGGGACUUGCUUCCUACCCUCUCCUCCUCUGAGCCCUGGGGCAGGACCCCAGUGCUGCCUGCUGGACUCCCCACCACAGACCCCUGGGCACCAAAGUCUCCCCACCACAAACUCCCCAGCACUGGAGCUGACCCUUGGGGGGCCUCCAUGGAGUCUUCUGACACACCUGUUCUAGGUGGUACCUCGAACUUCGACCUACUUGCCAAACCUCCAGAAUCCACAAAAACCAAGGAAGGUCUGGAGGGGCAGGCCUUGCCCUCAGGGAAGCCCAGCAGCCCUGUGGAGUUGGACCUGUUUGGAGACCCUAGUCCCACUUCCAAGCAAAAUAGCACGAAGGAGCCAGAUGCCUUUGACUUGGAUGUACUAGGAGAAGCACUAACCCAGCCUGGACAGGAGACCCGCGCCUGCUGUACCCCAGAGUCUUUCCUGGGCCCCUCGGCCUCUUCCUUGGUCAACCUUGACUCAUUGGUCAAGGCGCCACAGGCUGCGAAGACCCGGAAUCCCUUCCUGACAGGACUCAGCGCUCCGUCCCCCACUAACCCGUUCGGUGAGCAGGGCAGGCCGACCCUGAACCAGAUGCGCACCGGGUCACCUGCGCUGGGCCUGCCGGUCGGCGGGCCUACCGGGGCGCCCCUGGGCUCCAUGACCUACAGUGCCUCCCUGCCCCUCCCGCUCAGCAGCGUGCCGGUCGGCAUGACCCUUCCCGCCUCCGUCAGCGUCUUCCCACAGGCUGGAGCCUUCGCCCCACCGCCCGCCAGCCUGCCGCAGCCGCUGCUGCCCACCUCCGCCUCGGCUGGGCCGCUGCACCCGGGCCCGCAGUCUGGCACCAACCCCUUCCUCUGA